GUGAUUGGGUCUCCAUGUAGGCAGCAGCCUCUGAGUUAGUGAUUGCUGUUUAGCAGUCUGAUGGCCUUGGGGGAGCCACGCUCGGAGUGCCCUCACCUUCCUGUAGGUCUCGUCAUUGUUGGUAAUCAAGCCCACUACUGUUGUGUCGUCUGAACUUGAUUGAGUUGGAGGCAUCAUGAAGCCUCCGACCUGAUGAUGCGUUGGAAGGAACUAUGGUGUUGAAUACUGAGCUGUAGUCAAUGAACAGCAUUCUUACAUUCUUAGGUAUUCCCCUUGUCUAGAUGGGAAUGUGCAGCGUGAUGGCAAUUGCAUCACCGGUAAGGUAGAGGUGAUAUGAUCCUUGACUAGUCUCUCAAUGCACUUCAUGAUGACAGAAGUGAGUGCUACGGGGCAGUAGUCAUUUAGUUCAUCGUUGCCUUCUUGGGUAUAGGAACAAUGCUGGCCAUCUUGAAGAAUGUGGGGACAGCAGACUUGGAUAGGGAGCGAUUGAAUAUGUCCAUAAACUCACCAGGCAGCUGGUCUGCGCAUGCUCUGAGGACGUGGCUAGGGAUGCCGUCUGGGCCAGCAGCCUUGCGAGGGUUAACACUUUUAAAUGUUUCACUCACGUGGCGAAGGAGAGACGUGAGGGCGGGCUUUGUAUGCCACGCCGGAAGUUAGAGUAGCAGUGGUCGAGUUUAUUACUCCCGCACGUAGUGCCCAAGCCAGACUGGCAUGGCUUGGGCUUUGCCCAUACAGACAACGUUCUGGUGUAUCUGGCAUUGUGUGUUCUGCCUGUGGCCAUACAGCAGUUUGUCUGUGGUGUCCCAGUGUCUGCAGUAAUGACAGGUGAGAAUGACCUUGCGGAUAGGAAGAGGGCACAGCCAGAUCCACGUUGGGCAGAUGGAUGUGGUACCGUGUUUGUUUGGGUCUGACUCACUAGUGUGUCUCUGGGGAAUUAACUGUGUUCACCCGGAAGGUUCCAGUUUUUGUUGUUUGAAUGCCCUCUCUCGUUCACCCCGUCUCGCUCUCGCUCUCUCCCUUUUUCUCACACUAUCUCUCCUCCUUUCUCCAUGCUGUCUCUUGAGUCCUGUCUCCCACCCACCCAGCCAGCCUCUCUCACUGGUGUAGAUUCAUCAUGUUUAAGAGAACCUCAGGGAUUAUGGUGGAUUAGCAGUGGGCAUUAAUGGUUAUGUAAAAUCCAGCAUCAUCGUGAUUUGUUGGGAUUAGAGGUGGGCUGGAGUUGGGGGUGUGGUUUGGCCCGCUGGUGGAGAAGGGCAGAAGGGAAGGGAUGAGAGAGUAUGGGAAAGAGUCGGGCUCAGAGAGCUGGGACCUGGCAGUGCUCCCUGUUGUGAAGGGGAGGAGAGCGUACUCAGUUUGGAGGCGGCGCCAGCUGUUGCUGUGGCAUUUGCCCAAACCCUAGGCACCUCACUUAGCCGGAGGGUCUUAGUCUGCCUGGCUCUGCUGUCUGUCUGGUCCGUACCCUGCUCAGUCUCCUCUCUUGAUCUCUCUGGUUGCUCCUCCACCUGGUUCUCUGGAUCUGAAGAUCCUGGAGUUGGUGCUCCAGUUCUGUGGCUCGCACACCCUGUGUUCCUCUCGGGAUGUCUCUCUGAUUCUCGGGACCUAUAGAUCUCUGGAUCAGUGGAACUCUUAAGCUAUAUCCCAGGACUGGGCACCACUUAGUCUUGCCCCCCCGCCCCACCCCAUGCUGCCGCCAUCGCUCUGUGAGGAUGUUCUGUACCACCUUUCUGUCCUCUCCCUCUGAGGACCUAUCUGAGGGGGGAGGAGGGGGGGGGAUCCAUCCGGGAGGGUGUCUCUCCACCCUCCACUGCCUGAUCCUUCCCCAGGAGGAACUAUAUGCGCCCCCCUCGGACCCUACCAACCGCCUCUCGCUACGCCACGGGGACCAGGCCUGCGGUGUGGUGGGCGAAAUGCUGCUGGACGUCAACAUGGCAGCUGCCGGAGGGUGUAAGGGUGACAGAGGGGGGAGGAAGGGAGACGGAACUCCCGGUGACUGUAGUCCCUCAGUCUCGCCCUCGGUCCGAAAGAGCCCCCGUGGGGACUCCAGCCACAGAGGCCCGGCCCUGCCCAUGGCCACGGUGGACAUCAAGAACCCAGAGAUCAACACUGUGUCCCGGUUCCACGGACACACCUCUCAGAUGAACAACAUGGUGAGCAGCAGCUUCAACAACAACAUCAAGAAGGAGAAGAAGGUGAAGGGAAAGAAGGGCAAGAAGCUGACCAAGGCAGACAUCGGAACGCCCAGCAACUUCCAGCACGUUGGCCACGUCGGCUGGGACCCCAACACAGGCUUCGAUUUGAACAACCUAGACCCGGAGCUAAAGAACCUGUUUGACAUGUGUGGCAUCUCCGAGGCCCAGCUGAAGGACAAGGAGACCUCCAAGGUCAUCUAUGACUUCAUCGAGAAGAAGGGAGGCGUGGAGGCCGUCAAGAUCGAGCUCCGCAGACAAGCCCCCCCACCCCCUCCUUCCAGAGGUGGACCACCACCCCCUCCCCCACACCAGACCUCCGGCCCACCGCCCCCACCCAUCAGGGGAAGGGGCGCGCCUCCCCCUCCUCCCCCCUCCAGAGCGCCCACCUCAGCCCCACCACCACCUCCCCCCUCCAGAACAGGCAUGGGAGCUCCACCCCCACCCCCACCCCCAACCAGAGGUCCUCUGCCCCCUCCUCCCCAGCCUUCGCAUGCCUCCCUGGCUCCCCAUGCCCCACCUCCUCCCCCGCCUCCCUCCUCCGCCCCAGCAGGUAUGGGUUCCGGAGCACCCCCUCCUCCUCCCCCGCCUCCCGGCCCUCCUCCCCCACCCAUGCUGCUGGAAGCUGAUGGAGGGGGUGGAGGUGCUGGUAAACCCUCAGCCCUGUUGAGCCAGAUCAGGGAGGGGGCUCCGCUGAAGAAGGUGGAGCAGAAGGAGAGGCCCGUUUCCACCAGCACCGGCCGAGACGGUCUCCUCGAACAGAUACGACAGGGCAAACAGCUCAAGGCUGUGACUGACGAACCAGUGUCGGGAGGACCCGCCACUCCUUCAGCCGGCAUCGUAGGAGCUUUGAUGGAGGUGAUGCAGAAGAGGAGCAAAGCCAUCCACUCCUCUGGUACACACACACACACACACACACACACACACAUAUAUCAGAUAAGAGGUUGCUGUUGUAUUCAUACCAAUGUAUUUUCUAUGUUUGUGUGUCUCCCUCCCAAGAUGAUGAUGACGAUGAUGAUGAGGAAGAGGACUUUGAGGAUGAUGAUGAGUGGGAUGACUAGUGACCCCCCCCCCCCGGAUAAUUAUGACAACACUACAUUGUUCCUAAAUUGUUUUUCUAAAUCUUAUUCAAAUGAUAAUGUAAAUGUUUUAUCAAUUUGCUGUAUAUUUUUGUUGCCUUUAUGCUUAUUUUUUAAAUUUUAUUCUGUGCAAUACCUCAUUUAAUCUGUAAAGGUUUGUCAUGUUGUCUUUCUGUAAAGUUUUUCUUCUCUCCUGCAUUACCAUUUUUUUAUGUCAGGUUUCUCUUGAUCUGCAGAGUUCAGUCAGUGACUGGAGGGAGAACAAAUAAACAAACUGACAGAGCCCUUAAUGUUAUAGUUGUUAAAAAUCGAGAACAUUAUUUUCAUACCCUUCUCUUACUUCAUUUUGACUUAUUCAAAAAUCCUAGUUUAGCACUCUCUUAUUUUCUUACGAAAUCAGCUCUGUUGGAUUAUUUAGUCCCAUUCGCUGUCGAUGGUAAAUCUACUCAGAGUUUGUAUUUUUGCACGAAUUGAAAGAAGAGGCUCAGUACGUGAAUACAGAGCAGUAUCAUGGCUGUAUCUGCAAUGUUAUGCUUUAAAGGCUACCGAUAUCACACACACACACAGCUGUCUGCUCUGCGUUUCGGUUUGUUUCAUCAGUUACAAUACAGUAUACUCUACAAACAUAUUUGUUUUGGUGUAGCAACCAGCCGCCUACAGUUAUUUGUUUGAAUCAGGUCGGUGCGGAUGCAAAGCUUGAGGAUGAAUUAGUUUUGUCAACUUUAAUAUGACAUCUGAACUGUUUCACUAACAAACUGUCCUUCAGAACCAGUGAACUACAGUAACACUCAUCUACCAUUGACACUAACCUGGCUCUACACGGAGGGAUACUGCUUUCUCAUUGGGGAAGGGAACCAAUGCUGUUUUUUACAGUAUCGCUCUGUCUGUUUUUCAUGGUUAGUGAAACUCUGUUCAGUAUCCAGGAUAUAUGGACCUCAAACCUUCAGAAAUUAGGUUGGAAGAAUAAUGGACUAUUAAAUUGUACACUCAAAUAAAUGUUAAUAUUUACAGC